GAAUGGAGGUGCUGUCUCUUUGAAUGGGUUUAAAAUUGUUCUACGACAGCUACAAAAGUUGGCACCUGAACUACAUCGAGUUCACUUUCUGAGCUACUUGAAUAGUCUUUCUCAUGAUGAUUAUAUUACUGCUUUGGAGAAUCUUCAUUGCUACUUGGAUUAUAGUUAUUUUAAAGCAAGUGAUAGAGGUAAAAAGGCAUAAUCAUUAUGCCUGGUGUCCAUGCUGGAUGAGAGCUUUAGAUCAUUCUAUAAAAAUCAAACUAUAUAAUCUUCCUCACACUUUGCUUCAAUUCACCUGUUUCAUGAUCAUUUCUCAAUCAACAAUGAAGAAAGUUGUGUUGAAGUUGGAUUUACACAAUGACAAAACCAAGCAAAAAGCUAUGAAAACUGUCUCUAAUAUUUCAGGGGUUGAAUCAGUAUCUGUGGACAUGAAGGAGAAGAAAAUGAGUUUAAAUGGUGAAAACAGCACUUAUUAGAUGAUUUAAAUACAUUAUUAGAUAUUAACAUAGUUUAGAAAACUAGAUGGUAGAUUUGACUGAUUAGUAUUUAUUGUAAUGUUUGUAUUUUAGUAAGUUUAGUAAGACAAGAUUUUGUAUAAGAGUUAUUACUUUUGAUUUUUAAUAAUAAAAAAUUA